AUUAUUCGAAAUCAAUUUUGUAUCAAUUAGACUUUCCAAGCCUGGAAAAUUUAAAACUGAUCUUUUUUCUAGGCUCUGAAGUUUAGGCUGUAAAUCAUGCUAUAAAGUUUAAACAUCAAUUACAUAUAUUCUAAUUAGGUGUUUCAAAUCAAGGCUUGCCAGGUAGCAACCAUGAAGUUUGCUGAGCAUUUGGCAGCACACAUCACGCCUGAGUGGCGAAAGCAAUACAUCAGCUAUGAAGAAAUGAAGGCAAUGCUGUAUGCGGCUGUAGAGCAGGCACCCUCGUCAGAAGUAACAGAGCAGGACAUAAUCAACCGGUACUAUGCACGCUUUGAUGAGCAGUUCUUCAGAGUUUGUGACAAAGAACUGGCUAAAAUCAACACAUUCUUUUCUGAAAAAAUGGCUGAGGCUACACGAAAAUUCAACACAUUAAACUCGGAGCUGCAAGCCUCCAAAGAACAGCAUGGAGAAGGACUCAUAAGGAGAAAACCCUUCGAUUUUUUCCCGCGCAUCAACGUCCCAGCAAGGAAAAUGCAGGACCUCAAGUUAGCGUUUUCUGAGUUCUACCUCAGUCUUAUCCUUCUGCAGAAUUACCAGAAUCUCAACUUUACAGGCUUCAGGAAAAUUCUAAAGAAGCAUGAUAAGUUGUUGUCUACACACGUCGGAAGCGCCUGGCGGGAGGAAAACGUUGACAGCAGCAACUUCGUCAUCAACAAAGAUAUUGACAAACUCAUCGGCGAGGUGGAAGGAACGUUCACGUCUGAGCUGGAGUCCGGCGACCGCGGCAAGGCGAUGAAGAGGCUGCGGGUGCCGCCCCUGGGGGAGGCACAGAGCCCUUGGACCACCUUCAAAGUGGGGCUCUUCUCGGGUGCCUUCAUCGUCCUCCUUGUCGCCGUCCUACUGUCUGGUAUCCUGGACAGCUCGCAGCCGAACGUGUGGGUGGCCGUGCGUCUGUUCAGAGGCCCUCUGCUCAUCAUCAUCUUCUUGUUCCUGAUCGGCAUCAAUAUUUACGGAUGGCGGUCGUCGGGAGUCAACCACGUACUUAUUUUCGAGAUUGAUCCAAGAAACCACCUGACUGAACAACAUCUCAUCGAGAUCGCUGCGAUAUUCGGCGUUAUAUGGGCACUUAGUUUACUUGGAUUCCUGUACGCUGACGACCUGAGUAUCCCGCCGUAUAGCGUGCCCAUCUCGCUGGUGUUUUUCAUGAUGGCCUUCUUGUUCAACCCAUCGCACACCUUCCACCACGAGGCCCGCUUCUGGCUCAUCAGGAAACUGGGCCGUGUUAUUGUGGCACCUUUUGCGUUCGUUCAGUUCGCUGACUUCUGGCUGGGGGACCAAUUGAACACUCUAGUAUUUGCCCUGAAAGAUUUUGAGUACACCUUCUGCUUUUACACCUUCGACAAUAUCGACUGGCGACACGCUGCCUGCGGGGACUCUGAGCAGUGCUCGGACCCAACACGCAUUAUUGCGUCGGUUGUGUCGUGUCUUCCCGCGUGGUUCCGCUUCGCGCAGUGCCUCCGGCGGUACAAGGACACGCGCGAGAAAUUUCCCCACCUCGCCAACGCCUUCAAGUACGCCACCACCUUCUUUGUCGUCAUCUUCGCACAUCUAACCUACACAUACGCUAAUCAAUACUCAAGCAAGACGGCGAACCCAUUCUUCUACAUGCUGGUUGUGUCGCGCAUCUUUAGCUCCUGCUUCGUGCUCUGGUGGGACCUGCGCAUGGACUGGGGCGUCUUCGAGAGUAACUGCGGCGACUACAAGUUCCUCAGGGAGGAAAUUGUCUACUCAAGUCCAUANCAUCUAGAUGUGUAUAAGAGACAGGGUCUGUACUCCCUCGUUCCUCUCGACGUCUUCAGGUCUGUACUCCCUCGUUCCCCUCGACGUCUUCAGGUCUGUACUCCCUCGUUCCUCUCGACGUCUUCAGGUCUGUACUCCCUCGUUCCCUUCGACGUCUUCAGGUCUGUACUCCCUCGUUCCUCUCGACGUCUUCAGGUCUGUACUCCCUCGUUCCCUUCGACGUCUUCAGGUCUGUACUCCCUCGUUCCCUUCGACGUCUUCAGGUCUGUACUCCCUCGUUCCCCUCGACGUCUUCAGGUCUGUACUCCCUCGUUCCCCUCGACGUCUUCAGGUCUGUACUCCCUCGUUCCCCUCGACGUCUUCAGACGAUUCGUAUGGAAUUUCUUCCGAUUGGAGAACGAACAUAUCAACAACUGCGGUAAAUUCCGUGCCGUCCGCGACAUUUCUGUUAUCCCUCUUGACGCCUCCGACCAGGCACAGAUCGUGAAGAUGAUGGACGAGGAGGACGGCGUAGUCAACCGCAAGAAGAAGAAGGCGCCGGGCGGCAAGAUGCGUAAGUUUGACCGCUCAGGACCCGAGGGCCGCCCGCUUAUUGGCAGUGAAGCUGACGGUCCUGACGAGGAGAGUAACUACCUCACGGUCACGUCUGUGGAUCUCAGGAACUGGCUUAGGGGCAUUACGCGGGGGGCAGGCCGGGGGGCAGCACAUAGUACUACCAACACUAACCUCACCGGGGUUGUUAACUCGUGAGGGUUAAAGAGACAUUCUUGUGCUGCCAUAUAAGGCUUUUGUUUAGGGAUUCCGUGUAGGACGGCCAUACGUAUAUGCCUCAUGAAACAUGAUAAAAAUUGCUUAUGGCAACUGUAUAGGUCGGCCAUAUAUGACAUAAGAUGCAUGGUAAAAAGAAGCAUUGUGGACUGCAUUAUUGAGCGGCUGCUGUAUCUCACUCGCCUUAUAGGGCUUAUGAAUCCUGGUAGUUAAUUAAAUAAAGCUUUUGAAGCCGACAGUGCCGCAAUGUUCGGAACUUUGAGACUAGUAUGUGUCUUUGCAGCGUUGAUGAAGAUUAGUUUGCUGCAAUACUUGAAUUAUUAAAUAAAAUCUGAAUCAUGUUUAAUUUAUAGAGAUGAUAUAGUUUUCUUUAAUUAAUUGAUUUUUUUUAGGCCGAUAAUCUAUUAAACCAAGCCAUGCUCGAAUACGGCCGAUCUUGUUACAAUAAAAGUGUACCUUUUCGUAUUUCUAAAAUGAAUUAUUGAUUAAAAAUAAAUCAAAGAAAAUCAAUUGAAGUUUGUGGAGUUAAUCGAUAUUUGUUAGUUUGUGGC